GGGUAGCAUUGRAUGUUUGGUGGUGGUGGUGGUAGUAGUUUGUUUUGGGUGUACUUUCCCCGUUCCUCAUAAUCAACGGGAAAAAUAAAUAUCUUUGAUAGUGUGAUAUAUAUAGUGCUCUGGUGCUUCCUUUCGUUUUUUUGUGCUGCUACACGCUACCUGGUUGGUGUUCAUUUAAAAAGCUACGAAGAGAUUCAUUCUAACUCGUCGUGGUUGAUUGUUCUCUGGUCAUCGUUACAUUAUAUUACAACUACGGCGAUGUUUCGGACGUAGUUCAGUCUUUUUGUUGAAACAAACUCUCACACGAUGCCCGAUGAUUUUUUGAGUGAAGCUGUGCCGCGCAAAAAUAACGUGACUACUCGGUGAUUGAUAAUUAUCGACUUGAUCGUCGUUAGAAAAAGAAAAAAAAAGGAAAGAAAGAGAACAAGGGGGGGACCAAGUGUAUUUCUUUUUUUCUUUGAUAUCCGCAAACCCUGUUGUCGUCAUCAUCGUCGUUACACCACCGUCAUUGUCGUCAAUCAUCAACUUUAUCGUCCUGUUUGAAGAAUUGCGAAUAAAACGUUCACGAGCAUCGUUCACCUCCCCUAACUUUGACCGUUUUUCCUAAAGAUCACGGUCACCUCCUAUAUCUUACCUAUAUGCGCCGAUACGCGAAAACAUUAUUCCGUGAGGUCCUUGCGCAAGGGUGAUAUGUUAUUGGAGAUGGAUCAACAUCCGGGUUUGAUGUCCCUGAAUAUGUCACCGUUCCAUCUAAGUCCUCAGGGCAGUCCCCCAAGUGCGACUAGCGCUGGCCAACCGCAACAGCAACAGCAACAACAACCUCAGCCGCAAGCUCAAUACAGUUCCUCGCCUUAUGGAAAUUGCGUUCAGAGUCCACCAUCUACGAUGUGUCAUCACCAUCAACAGCAGCAACAACAGCAACAUCAACAGCAGCAACAACAUCAGCAACAACAUCAGCAACAACAUCAGCAACAUCAUCAACAACAACAGCAGCAACAACAACAACAACAAGCGCAGUCGCAUUCGCAACAACAAUCGCAACAAUUGCAAUCAAGUCAUAGUCAAGCGCAAUCUCAAGGUGGUGGUGGCAUCUCCGGAUUUGAUGCAGCUUACUUUUAUGGGACCGCUCUCGAGGAGCGAUGUCCAAUGUGCGGUGAUAAGAUGGCGGGAUAUCAAUACGGUGUUCUCACUUGUGAAUCCUGCAAGGGUUUUUUUAAACGCAAUAAUUCGCCGUGCAAUAGCAAGAAGGUUUACGCUUGUCUGUUCUCGCCGACAGGGGGUGGAGGAGGAGGUAGUGCCGGUGGUGGUAGUGGUAGUGGUGGUAGUAGUGGUGCCGGUGCCGGUGGAGGAACCAGUGGUUACGGUGUUAGUACCGCAAACUCGGCUAGCAGUGCUGGUGGAGGCAACGGUCCCGGCAGUACUGGACCUGGACCCACUGGCAGCAACGCGACUACUGGGACCUCGGCUAGUAGCGGCAACGUUGCUGCCGUUCACGCCGGUACCCUCUGUCAUCCCAGCUUGGCCCAGGUCGGGGUCGGAAUCGUGACUGGCUCCCUACCAUGCCCCUCUGAUUUUCCCGACACCAAGGACAUCGUUAUCGAGGAACUCUGCCCGGUCUGUGGCGAUAAGGUCUCUGGAUAUCACUACGGAUUACUCACGUGUGAAUCUUGCAAGGGUUUCUUCAAACGCACCGUCCAAAACAAGAAAGUCUAUACGUGCGUCGCCGAAAGAUCCUGUCACAUUGACAAAACCCAGAGGAAGCGGUGUCCCUACUGUCGCUUCCAAAAGUGUAUCGAAGUCGGCAUGAAGCUUGAGGCUGUGCGAGAAGACCGCAUGAGAGGCGGUAGAAACAAAUUUGGGCCCAUGUACAAAAGGGACAGAGCGCGGAAACUGCAAAUGAUAAGGCAACGACAAUUGGCGCUGCAAACGAUAUGCGGGAAUCUCGGGGAUCCAUCGAAUUACACGUCCACCGUAACGCCUUUCCUGCACAUCAAGCAGGAGAUCCAAAUACCUCAGGUCUCGAGUCUAACAUCCUCUCCGGAUUCGAGUCCGUCACCGGCGGCGGCCGCGGUAGCCGCUGCUGCUGGUAGCCUCUUGACAACGCAAUCUGCCGGUGCCGGUGGAGCCGGAGCCUGCGGUGCUGGUGGUGGAGCAAGCGGGGGUGGCGGCGGAGGAGCUGGACAACAUCAACUGAUAGCACCUUCCUCUCAGCAUAACCUCAUCGCAACCAAUCACCUGCACAACGUUACCCCUGGCCUCGAUAGCAAACUCUGGCCCGCUAAUUCGACCACCCCCAGUCCUGUAGCCUUCAACUUUGGCGAACAGUCGGCGCAACCCCACGGCCCGCCCCAGGCCUCUGCGCCUGCUACCGCGCCCUUGAAAACUAGUCCGCUAAUAAGAGACUUCGUGCAGACGGUCGAUGACCGCGAGUGGCAAACGUCCCUCUAUGAGCUCUUGCAGAAGCAAACGUACAAUCAGUGUGAAGUGGACUUGUUCGAACUAAUGUGCAAAGUGCUCGACCAGAAUCUUUUCUCCCAGGUCGAUUGGGCCAGGAACUCUGUAUUCUUCAAGGAUCUCAAGGUCGACGACCAAAUGAAACUACUGCAACACUCUUGGUCGGAUAUGUUGGUGCUCGAUCAUGUACAUCAAAGGUUGCACAAUAAUCUACCCGAUGAGACAACGCUUCAUAAUGGCCAAAAGUUUGAUCUCCUGUGCCUAGGCCUACUUGGAGUUCCUUCCCUGGCAGAUCUUUUCAACGAUUUAUCCUCGAAACUUCAGGAGCUCAAAUUUGACCUGUCUGAUUACAUUUGCAUGAAAUUCCUUAUGUUGCUUAAUCACGAUGUUCGCGGACUGGUUAACAAAAAACACGUACAGGAAGGUCACGAACAGGUCCAGCAAGCUCUUUUGGACUAUACGUUAACUUGUUAUCCAUCUAUACCGGAAAAGUUUAAUAAGCUGUUAGCAGUAUUACCAGAAAUUCACGUGGUUGCGACUAGGGGAGAAGAACAUCUUUAUCAGAAGCAUUGUAAUGGUGGUGCUCCAACUCAAACACUUCUAAUGGAGAUGCUUCAUGCCAAGAGGAAAUGAGACGAUAGAUUCGUGUGCCGACUCUACCGUAAAAUAAUAAUUCUUUGGUAUGUACUAUAUUUUUAAAAGGUUGGUAGAGUCCUCGCUCGAUCGAUAUAAAUUGUCAGAAUAAACGUAUGAAUAAAAAAAACAAAACAAAACAAACAAACAAACAAAUAAAAAAAGAAACAAACAAGCAAACAAGCAAAAAAGCAAACUAACUAACAAAAAAUAAAGUGGACCUCAAAGUGUACCUACUAUUAUGAGCUAACUUCGGCUUAGGUGUCGGACCAAGUUUAGGGUAGCCGUGGUUCAUCAAAAAAAAAAAAAAAAAACAAGAAAAAAAAAGCAAAAUACCUAUGCAAACAAAAUCAAGUAUAAACGUACACAUACUUUACACAUAUAAAUAUAUAUACAUAGAGAGUAUAUGUAUUAUAAAAUGUAUCUAAAUAUAUAUAAACAUAAUGACAUAUAUUUUCUAUAUUUGAUGUUGAAGUUUUAGAGAUGUAUCCGUGGAUAUAAAAAAAAAAAAAAA